GCUGUUCGAAGAGUUCGAUGCUUCGGUUACACAGUUACUCAAGUGGUCUGUCAACAUUUUUCUUCUGUGAAGUUGUGUACGAACUUUGAGAAUCAAGUGAAAGGAAACGCGAGGAGCUUGGCCGAUACAUCCAUGAGCAGCAGGUCCGACCCUGGAGUUGGACUGGCGUACACGGCAUUUUUUACGUACUACAGAACAGUUGCUUUGUCACUUCUGCAGCGAAUCAAGGCUUAUGAGGAGUACAACGGAAUACGGAUUCCAGUGAAGAAAGUCUUUGUCCUAAUGCCGACGUCAUGUUGCGUCGCUCCGGAAUUGGGUGAUGGCAAAGACGACGGAAUCGAGGUGGCCAAUUCCAUGGAAGAGGUGCGGGCCCCGAGAGCUGGCACCAGGCACCGCACAUUUAAGAACACCGUGUACCUAAUAAAGAAUGGGGACGAUCCGCUAUACUGUGUUGCGGAGGGACCCACUCCGCUGCUGACGUUGUACGACAUGAAAGAACGCAACGUUCUUACCGAAAGCGAAAUGGUCGAGCAGAUGCAUAUUUUCUGUCGGAAACUGGAACGGCUAUUAGAUAGUGAGGACAGUUGCGUUGGACUAUUCCGACUGAUUAUUUAUGAAGAUAGAGGCAACGAGAAAGUGGCAAAAGUAUCUGAGAUACUGCGUGAGGAAAUCCUGAAGGAAAUGGGAUUCACAGUGCCUUCAUGCUUGCUUCAUGCAGCGUGCCUCAGUACGUACGUUCCAGGUGAAGAGGCAAGAUUAAGGACGACGGCUAAUGUUGGGAGUGACCUGGCAGUAGCUUAUUACUCCGGCUACCUCAAGCUGCUUGAGAACGCUCCGCAGACGUCUUCGGUACAUGACCACUCUUCUCUUUUAGAUAGAAUCAAGGAGUAUGAAAAGGACAACAAAGUAAAUGUGGCUGUGAAGAAGUUAUUCAUCCUGAUGCCAGAAUCCUGUUCCAUCGGGCCAGUUUUAGGGAACGACGAUGACGAUGGCAUUGAAGUAGCCAAUGCCAUGAAAGAGCUCCGUGUGUCCAGAGCCGGCACUAAGCACAGGAAAUAUUCAAACACCGUGUAUAUCAUUACCAAUGGAGAUGACGAUCUGUUUUACUGCGUGGCUGAAGGGGCGACGCCCCUACUCACACUGUUCGACAUGAAGGAACAGAAUAUUCUUACAGAGGAGGAAAUGACAGAGCAGAUGGGGAUUUUCAAACACACACUCGAGAAGCUCCUCAGUACCGACUGUAAAUGCGGCGAGCUUUUCAAACUGAUCACUUACGAAGACAAGGACCCCCACAAGGUCAGAAAAGUAUCCAAUGUACUACGCAAUGAGAUUUGUAAGGAACUUUAUCUCUCGGACGAUAGCCAUCUACUGAAUGCAGUAGGUUGAAACAUCGGUCAAAAACUGCAGAAACAAGUGCAAGUUUUGUUGCGGUGGACUAUAGUCCAGGUGGAUAUGCGAGGGAAGGCCUGGCCCAUGCUAUAUUGUGAUUCUCAAUUAUGUACAAUGUGUUUGCUAUAAAAUGUUAAAUCAG